UUCGGCGGGACCGGGGCUGGAGCGGCGACGACGGUGUCCCCUGCGCCGCGGGGGACGACGAUGGCGAGGGAACGCGCGGCGGAGCAGCUCGCGUACGACGACGCCAUCAGCAGGCUGAUCAACAAGUUCGCGGGGCACGACAAGGACGCGAUCCAGGGGAAGAACACGUCGAACGUGCAGGUGUUCGAUGACAUCCACGAAGGCGACGCGAUCCGCAUGGCCGAGCUCGAGGAGUUCGAGAAGCAGGUGCUGGCAUUGAACGCCGCCGCCUGGAACGACGCCGCCUCCUCCUGCGGCGAGGAGCCGGCCGUUGCGGAUAACUUCCUGAACGGCGAGGAGCAGCGGGAGGAGGAGGAGGAGGAGGAGGCGGCGGAGCGGAGGAGCUGGACGCUUGAGCGGUGGGAGCUGGAGCUGAAGGCGAGCCGCCGGCGUGUGGUGGAGGCGAACGAGCGCGCGCGGGGGGUCCAGCGCGAGCGCGAGAGGGUGCGGCGGCAGGUGGCGGCGCUGCUGCAGCAACGGAUGCUGAAGCGUCAGCAGAUGUCCGCGCUGUCGCGGGAACGCGCGCUGGCGCACAAGCGAUUCGUGCUCCAGCAGCGUCAAUGGCGGCAGCAGAUGGUGGAGCAGCAGCAGCAGCAGCAACGCGCGCCGAUGCAGCAGCAGCGCAUGCCGGUGGUGCAGCAGGCGGCGCCGCGGAAGCAACGAGUCUUCACGGUGACGGUGAGUCGGGCGUAUGCACUUCAGCACCAACGGGGAAGCACGCCGGAGGAGCGGCGCGCGUCGGUGCGGGAGCGAGUCAGGCUAGAGCUGCAGAAGGUGGUUGCAUUUCUGCAGCGACGCGAGCUGGAGCAGAGGUAUGAGCGGGCGGCGGCACUGCUGAGGCAACGCGCGCAGCUGGAGCAGGCAGCGUUACAGGAGCAGCUCAAGCUGGAGAUGCAGCAGAUGCGGCGGCGGCAAGAGCAGCGCCAGCGCGCGCGUGAGCUGGCGAUCAUGCCGCAGCCGCAGGGGCAUCGCGGCCGCGGCGGCGGCACGGCGCGGCACCCGGACGCCGCAAUCGCCCAGGGGGGAUCCGGAGUCGGACACAACCACCCCCGCGUGGAGGAGCAGCUGCCCGCGCAGCAGCAGCAGCAUCGGCGGCAGCGCGUGCGAUCAGUGCGACCGACGUUCGUGGCGCCGCGCGGCGUGGGCACGUCGAGCGGGCAGGCGUACCGGGCACCGCCCGCGAGGCAGAUCGUUGUUCAGCCGCAGCCGCCGCCGCAGCAGCCGGAGCUGGCAGGGCAGGCGUUCCGGGCGCCGGCGCCGCAGACACCGCAGCGACCGGAGUCGGCGGGGCAGGACGUGCCGGAGCCGCAGCCGGAGGAGGAGGAAGGGGAGGCGGUGGGUGGCGAGGCCGUCGUGAUGGCGCCACAGCCUUCGUCGACGAGGGAGCAGUAGGAGAGGCAUGCAGUCGUGAUCCGUGCGAGA